GGGCUGCGGGGGCGGUGCGAGGGCCGUGCGCUCGGUCGAUGACUCGAGGCUCGACUAACGCUGCUUGGUCGCUUCUAGUCCAGAGCGGUCGCUGCCGGAGCGGUUUCUCCCUCAUUCGCUGCCCCGGAGCCCGCGCCGCUGUCGGGGGAAGGAGGAUGUUUCGCAACCAGUACGACAACGAUGUCACGGUUUGGAGCCCCCAGGGCCGAAUUCAUCAAAUAGAAUAUGCCAUGGAAGCUGUGAAACAAGGCUCAGCUACUGUGGGGCUGAAGUCAAAAACACAUGCUGUUUUGGUUGCUCUCAAGAGAGCACAGUCUGAGCUGGCAGCUCAUCAGAAAAAAAUCCUGUACGUUGACAACCAUAUUGGUAUCUCCAUUGCUGGACUCACUGCUGAUGCAAGACUCUUGUGCAAUUUCAUGCGUCAAGAGUGUCUGGAUUCUAGGUUUGUGUUUGAUAGACCCCUUCCAGUUUCUCGCCUCGUGUCACUAAUUGGAAGCAAAACCCAGAUACCCACGCAGCGUUAUGGCAGAAGACCGUACGGCGUAGGGCUGCUCAUUGCAGGUUAUGAUGAUAUGGGUCCUCACAUCUUUCAGACUUGUCCCUCUGCAAACUAUUUUGAUUGCAAAGCAAUGUCCAUUGGUGCUCGUUCACAGUCAGCACGAACUUACUUGGAGAGACAUAUGACUGAAUUUAUUGAUUGUAAUCUAAACGAGCUAGUUAAACAUGGACUGCGUGCCCUGAGAGAGACUCUUCCUGCUGAACAGGAUCUGACCACCAAGAAUGUUUCCAUUGGAAUUGUUGGCAAAGACAUGGAGUUUACCAUCUAUGAUGAUGAUGAUGUAGCACCAUUCCUAGAAGGUCUUGAGGAAAGGCCACAGAGAAAGCCUGUUCAACCUGUUGAUGAACCUGCAGAAAAGGCAGAGGAGCCCAUGGAGCACUAGUUGGUGGAUGAGUUCCUCUGUGUUAAUGUAUGUCUCAUUAUACAGGAACAUUUAUCCAUUUGCUGGUAACUUUAUCCUCACCUAUAUGCAUUUUCUGCUGAUACAUUCUGAGGAUUACUCUUAAAAAAAAAAAGAGAGAGAAACCAAGCUACCUAUCCUUAAGAGGUAGACAGGAAGUCAUAAUUGGGAGUAUUUUCUUUGACAGGAAGGUGUAAUCAUUUUCUAAAUAGUACAUGAUACUGUUUUUUAAUGAAAAGCAUAUUGUCUUUAACUUGUAAGGGCAAGUGGAAAUAAAUCACUUUCUUGGAA